CUUCCGGCACCGGCAGCAAGGAGCGCGAAUUCCGAAGCCCUCCGAUCCUUCGCGUCUCCCGCCCACCCGCGAAUCUACCCGUCGCCGUCCUCCGUUCUUCGAUUGCUCGCCUCGGCGGCGCCGGCGCCGCUGACCGAGUCGACCCCGGGAGCACGAGCCGAGCCGUCGGAGGAAGGGGGGAGGUGCGCGAGGUGGGUCUGGUCGCUCGCGGCGGCAAUGGCGAAGGUGAUCGGUCCGAGGCUGUACAGUUGCUGCCAUUGCCGGAACCACGUGGCGCUUCACGACGAUGUCAUUUCCAAGAGUUUUCAGGGAAGACAUGGUCGAGCAUUUUUGUUCUCCCGCGCAAUGAACAUUAAGGUCGGACCUAAAGAGGACAGGCAGCUCAUGACCGGCCUUCACACGGUGGCUGAUGUGCACUGCUCUGAUUGCCACGAGAUUCUGGGGUGGAAGUAUGAAAGGGCAUAUGAAGAAACUCAAAAGUACAAGGAAGGGAAGUUCAUUCUCGAGAAAUCAAGAAUAGUGAUGGAGAACUGAUAGUCCAUCUUGUGUUCAUAGUCAUGGAUAUGGUUGGUCUCUGGUAUGCUUCAGUAGCUCAGGUGAUGCAGAUGUUCUCAACCGGAAAUAGUCCACCAUUUCUCUUUGAACUAUUCUUGUGUUUUUGCAUGGUGUUUGUAGCUCUGACAAUUCGACUGUGUUAAUAAAUCCUGUGUACAGAUUUGCCAGUCAUUCUUGUGCUUUGUAUCUGUUGAACAACAUUGUACAUUUUGUGAAGGAUUGUCUAUGUGCAUUUCAAUGCAUUGGUCGGUAUGUACAGAUGGACCUCCUUGAUAAAUGCAGAAAGAGGCUUAACAUGGCCUCUAUGCGGAGUGUGGUAUUUCCUGAC